AUGAAGCAGCUAUGUACGUUGAGAGUGAUUGCUAGACCCUCUGCUUCAUGUGAAGUGGGGUUUGGUAAUUUUGCUAGCUUCUGGUUUGAUGAUUGGACGGAUCUAUGCCCUUUGUUUCACUUGACGGAGGAAAGAGGGCCAGCAGUCUCAGGUCUGCACAAGGAAGCGACAGUGGCAGAGGUUUUAGUGAAUGGAGAGUGGUGGUUGAGUGCUUCUCGUAGUAGGAAUGCUAUAACCACUUUGCUGAAGCAAUGUCUGCCAUCGCCAGUUCCGACUGUGCUGUCAUCGUCGGAUGAUAAGUACCUAUGGAGAACAGGAAAUGAUUCCCCUUCAACUAUCUUCUCUACCGCCAAGACGUGGUCCUCUUGUCACCCUCCAUCUCCUCCGGUUAAUUGGCAUUCUCAAGUCUGA